AUUAAGUUGUAAACAGUUUAAAUUAAAGAGUCAACGUAGAAAAUAUAUUAUAAUUAUUUAUUAUAAUAAUUAAUUUAACAUGAUUUAUUUUAAUAUGAGUUAUUUGAUUCAAGAUACAUUUAUAAUGUAACUAUGUUAGCCGAAGAAUCUGCUGAAACUCGUCAAAAAAAUGAGUUGGAAGCUUUGCAGGCAAUUUAUAAUGAAAAUUUGAGGGACUUACGUAGGAAAGGAGCAUGGAACAGUUGGGUACCAUUAAAUGUAUCAAUUACAUUAACUCCGCAACAGGGAAGCAUCGGUACUACAGAAAUCUAUGUCCAAGUUGAUUUACAUAUAAAGUGCGAUGAGAAAUAUCCAGAUAGUGUGCCUAAAGUGGAAUUAGAAAACUGCAAGGGGCUGCCACACACAGUGUUAUUCACAUUAACAGAAUGUCUCGAACACAAGGCAACAGAGCUUAAGGGCGAAGAAAUGAUUUUUCAAUUAUCACAGUUUGUUGAAGAGUUUCUCCAUAAACACAAUAAACCAGCAUCUAAAAGUUUUUAUGAGGAAAUGCUGGAAAGAAGAAGAGAGCAGGAAAUGAAAGAAUUACAAGCUAAGCAGUUGGAAUCACAUAGGCAAAAACAAUACAUGAUGGAGGAAGUUCAGAAACGGGAAGAAAUGCUAAUGUCAGAACCCAAGAAAUGGAAAGAAACUAGAUGUAAUUCUGAUAAUGAUGAUAGGAGAUAUUCAGGAAUCUCAAGAAAACAUUUGAAUAGCUCUUCAGAAUUGAAUGGAGAAUUAUUGUGCCAACAUAGAAGUACAAUGAACAUCAAUUUUGGAAAUAGAGAUGUUCAGAGAGGCCGUUGUAUAAAACAUUCUUCCUCAAAUCAUAUUACAUAUAGUGGAAUCGACACUGAAUCAGGCAUUUUUGUUAUAAUCAGUGAAUGGAAUUUUCAAAUAAAAAAUAGAAACGAUCUGCAAAGGCAAUUGGGAAGUUUAGAACAGGAAAUAAACUACUUGAUGAAAUUGAAUCAUCCCAAUUUAUCUCAGUAUUAUGGUAUAAAAUAUGAAUUUAAUGAUGAAACUGCUACAGUGUAUUUAUUAAAAGAAUUUGUUUUUGGUACAAAUUGCUAUGCUUUAUUUAUCAGUCGAAAUUUCAGAGUGGAUAUUGAUUAUUUAAAGUAUAUAGCCAGGGAAAUACUUCUUGCUUUAGAUUGUCUUCAUAGGAAUAAUGUUGUACAUAAAGACAUUAAAGAUUCUUGUGUAUAUAUUAAUGAAUCAGGUGUUCGAAUAACAAAUUAUAGCAUUCAUAGAAGACUAUUGGAUCUUCAUAACCACAUCCCUCAUAAUAGUUAUAGUAAAAAGACUGAUAUUUUUAAGUUUGGAAUCCUUAUGUUGUCUCUAUUACAAGGAGAAAAUAGAGAAGAUAAUUUAGAAAUACCAAAUACAUUUUCUAUAGAUCUUCAUGAAUUUCUUACUAAAUGUCUGGAAAAAGAUGAAAGUAAACGGUUUACGGCUAGUCAGCUUUUAAAUCACUCAUUUUUUAAUACAUCUUUGGUAAAUUUUUCUCCCAAACAUAUGCAUGAAGAAACCGAAAAGAAGCGUAGCGUCUCACCCGAAGUUAUACCAAUAGAUAUACAUAAUUUGUUGCAUGUUUUGCCAAAUGGGCAGUCGAGAAUUAAUAACGAAUUUGAGUUUUUACAACAUUUAGGAAAGGGGGCUUACGGUGACGUCAUCAAGGUUAGAAAUAAACUUGAUGGUGGCUAUUACGCUAUAAAAAGAAUUAAACUGAAUCCUAAAAACCGCAUUUUAAACAAAAAGAUUGUGAGGGAAGUUAAAUUGCUAUCCAGAUUAAACCACGAAAAUGUAGUCCGAUAUUUUAAUUCUUGGAUUGAAACUACAACUAUAAAAGAUGACUUAGAUACCUCAUCCAGUACGAUUACUACUGAAGAAAGGAUACCGAAAGUGAUACGGAAGGAAGAGUUCACUUUAAACGACAAUAUUGAAGCUUUAGCACCUUCUUUAAAAAAUGUGGAAGUUUCGAUUACCUAUGAUAGUAAGUCACAAGCCCAGUAUAUUAGUUCCUCUGAUGAUGAAUCGAGUGAUGAUGAUGAAGCAUGGGGUCCUAAUUACGGAGAUUCUGAAUCUGACAGUAUAGAAUUUGAACAAGGAUCUGAUCAGGGAGAGCAACAUUCGUCGAUUUCUGUGUCGCCCCAAAAACGGUGUGAUUCUCCUGAUGGUCCAGCUGAAAAUACUAAGAAAAUAGAUUGCAUGUACAUCCAAAUGGAGUUUUGUGAAAAAAGUACUUUGAGGACAGCCAUUGAUGACAAUCUAUAUUUAGACGAAGAUAGAAUGUGGCGAUUAUUUAGGGAAAUCGUUGAGGGUCUUGCUUAUAUUCAUCAACAAGGAAUGAUUCAUCGAGAUCUAAAACCUGUAAAUAUUUUCUUGGAUUAUGAAGAUCAUGUUAAAAUCGGUGAUUUCGGGCUUGCUACUACUAGCAUAAAAUCAAAACAUGCUGACUAUACCAUGAAUCAAAGUUUAAUCGAAACUGACAAGGAAGAUACAGUUGAUGAAAGUAAAACCGGUUUGGUUGGAACAGCACUAUACGUAGCACCAGAAAUUAACGAAUCCUCAAAGGUUGUUUAUAAUCAGAAAGUCGACAUAUAUAGUUUGGGUAUAAUAUUGUUAGAAAUGUGUUAUAGACCAUUAAAUACAUCGAUGGAAAGGAUCAAAAUCCUGACUAAAUUGAGAACGAAAGAAAUAGUUUUUCCCCCAGAUUUUAUCGAAAAGAAUAGUGAAAAGAAAAUAUUGUUAAUUCGGUGGUUACUCGAGCACGACGUUUCUAAACGACCAACAUCUCAAGAACUUCUUCAGUCUGAACAUAUUCCUCCACCAGUAUUAGAGGAAUGUGAACUUCGUGAACUGGUUCGACACACCUUGAAUAAUCCUCAGUUAAAAGGCUAUAAAUAUCUAAUAGCUUCCUGUUUUAAACAGUCCCUAACUUCAGUUCAAGAUCUUACUUACGAUAAAGAUCCGUCUGCACAAAAUCUAGCAAAACCAUUACUUUUGCAAGAAUUUGUUAAGGAAGUGUGCAUAAAGAUAUUCAAACAACACGGAGGUCAGAAUCUAACAACACCUCUUCUAAUGCCUAAAAAUAAAUUUAACGAAAACCUAGAUUCCUAUGUCAAACUAAUGACACAUUUUGGAGGCAUUGUGUCGCUGCCACAUGAUCUUAGAGUGCCUUUAGCAAGAUAUAUAGCAUGGAAUGGUAUUACAAACUUGAGACGUUAUUCAAUUGAAAGAGUUUAUAGAGAAAAGAAGGUUUAUGGUUUUCAACCCAGGGAGUUGUAUGAAUGCGCUUUUGAUAUAGUUAGUCCAAUGCCUGGGUUGCUUAUGUCGGAUGCCGAAAUUUUGUAUAUAGUGUACGAGAUUUUAAAUGAACUACCAGGAAUUAAAAACAAGAAUGUUGUGAUUCGCCUUAACCAUAAUUUGUUGUUACAAGCUAUACUCUUACAUUGUGGGAUUAAAGAUGGUUAUCAAGAAAUUUAUAACAUGGUGUGGGAAUUCAAAGAAGGCAAAAUUUCCAAAAAUGAUUUGUGGGCUCAUUUUAUCGGACUGGAAUUAUCAGAUAACACGAUACAUAUAUUAAUUAAUUACUUUAAUUCGGAAUUAGACAUUUCAAGAGUUGCAAAUCAAUUUCAAAACAUAACGAAGAAGAAAUCUGGAGAGGCGGGCCGAUUAGCCAGACAAGCAUUGCAGGAACUAAAAGAUAUAAGUCUGUUUGCAGAGGCAUUUGGUGUAAAGUAUGAAAUGGUAGUUUGUCCGAGUUUAGUAUACAACGUUCAACAAUACUCAGGAUUAAUCUUCCAAUUUGCGUGUGAAAUUAAAAAAAGACACAAACACAGAUCCAUGGAAGUAUUAGCUGCAGGAGGCAGAUACGAUUAUAUGAUUUCCUGGUAUAGAUCUAUAAUGGAACAAGCAAGUGUUUCUAGUAAAAGUGUUCAACAAGCGGCUGUCGGUGUUUCUAUAUCUUUGGAUAAAUUAGUACAGGCACUACAAAAAGAACAAACUGAUGGAACGCCCAAACUAUCAAGUUUCGAUGUGUUAGUUUGUUCCGCUGGAAGCAAACAAACAAUUAAAGAAAAUAUUAAGAUUUUAAAAAGUUUAUGGGACGCUGGAAUUCAAAGUGCAUUUAUAGAAAACAUUAAUUUAGAUGAAAUUAGAGAUAAAGCUAAUGAUCUACACGUUACACACAUUGUUUUAUUAAAAGAUAACGAACAAGGAAUGGUCAAACUGAGCAGUUGGGAGAAAGACAGGUUUCAGGAGAAGUCAUUGUCCACAAGUGAAUUAGUUGAACAUUUGCAAAGAGUGAUCAGAGCACGAAACGAAAGUAACACAGACAAUAGUCAAGUGAACGUUCUUUCAAGAUCUGAAAGUCGCUCAUAUUACAGUAGUGAAAGAAAUCAACAUAAUCAAGAAGCUGAUGUUGACGUUUUAUUAGUUGACAAAAAAGCUUCAAAUGCUAGAAAAAGAUACGAAAAUCAGAUAAGGUCACAAUUGAGUAACCUCUUUAAAAAACUUACUGGUUAUGUACUGGUCGUUGGACUUUCAGUGGAUUCUGAUGUAAUAAGAACAUUGGCUUCCUACUUAGAAUUUGAAACAGAACAGCAGUUUCACAAAUCUGUUGAAGAUGUAAUAGAAAGGCAUCCUCGACACAAGGAAUACCUCAAUAAUAUAUGUGAUGAGAUUUACGAGCAGAAAAUGAAAAGAAAAAAUCCUACAGUCGUUUUAUAUAGUUUGUCGGACAACUUUUAUAAAGUUAUUUUUUAAUUGUAAUUUUUAGGAUUAGAACAUACAAAUGUCAAUAAUUUUUAUGCGUUUAUUAAGACACAAAAUGGGCGAUCUAAAAAUUAAAAAAUAACAUACAAAAUGUAACUCUACAUUUGAAUAAGAUCAAUUACAGUUUACGCACGAUUGCA